AUGGAAGCUACGAAUGUAAAGCUGAGAAGGAAUCCCGAACGCACGGCUGGCUUCUUCUCGCAGAUGUUCUUCUGGUGUUUGCUGUUACUCGGUUACAAGAAGCCGCUUCAAGUGGAAGACCUGAGAUGGAACGACGAAUUGGCGCAGGGUGCCAGUGAACGUCGAAAUCCGCUGCUGUACAACGCCGUAAGGCGCGUGUUCGGGCAGUGCGAAGCGCCAGCCACACGAUUCGUUCGUGCGUCGCUCAGCGUCUUCUAUUAUGAACAGGAGUCGGUGAAGGUGUUGCAGCUGUUGUUGAUGGGCAGGCUGAUUCGUUUCUUCCGUUUCGAUUCCGGCAUCUCGACAUCCACCGCCUGCCUGUACGCGCUCGGCUUGAGCCUGUGCUCGUUUUCGUUCGCGCUGACACACCACCGCUACUUCUACGAAGUUAUGCGUACCGGAAUGCGAGUUCGGAUCGCGUUGGCUGCGCUCGUUUACUCGAAGGUGUGUUUGUACGCGUUGUGCUGUAUGAGCCAGUUACCGUACGAUGUCCGGAUAUGGACACAUUUUCAGGCCCUUUCGUUGAGUGGCCCCGCUCGCCAGGACGCUACGGUUGGAAAAAUCAUCAAUCUGUUGUCAAACGACGUCGGCCGAUUCGAUGAGACAUGCAUUUUUCUUCACUACUUCUGGGCUGCACCGUUAUCGUUGUUGGGGUUUGCGUUGCUGCUCUAUUACGAAAUGGGCGUGUCGUGUUUUGCCGGAUUCAGCGGAUUGCUCAUUUUGGUUCCAAUUCAGGGCUUCAUUGGUCGGCAGAUGGGAAAAUACAGGUAA